AUGGAUCCGUUGGAGCAGUCGCGCGUUUUCCUGGAUCGCUUCAAAACAACCAUGAAUCCAGACGACCCACUUCCUGUCUGGGUGCCGAUUUACAACCUCAAGUACGACGAAAUUGAACCCGCAAUCAUCGAUUGGAUCAGAACGUAUUUGGACCUGUUCGGAUGUCCCCAGUGCAUCUUGACGCCAAUCAUACGCAAAAUUGUGGAAGAAGUGCUGUGCUAUUGCAAAGAAAAUCCCAAAUCUUGCGGUUUCACCGGUCAAGAGUAUAAAACGCUUCAGCUGAGCCAAGAAGUGAUUUCACGCGUAAACCGUGUCUGCACCGAACUGUUGGACAAUGAGAAGCUGAACAAUUUGAUCGCCCAGCUGGGCAGUGGUUUGGGUGAGGAUCAACCAGACUCGGCCGCUGAGGUUAGCACCGGGCGAAAGAUCCAUUUUUCGCGCGGAAUGAAACAUCGGCGACGCACGAUGGAGGAUCGGCACGUUUGUUUGCCCGAGUUUAACAAACUGUUCUGCACGAAGGAUACGGAACCGACCGCUUUUUACGGGGUGUACGAUGGACAUGGUGGUCAGGAAGCGGCCAGCUUUGCAGCUUCCCAUCUGCAUUAUUAUAUUGCGCAAAGCGAACACUAUCCGCACGACAUGGAGCAAGCGUUUCGAGAAGCGUUCCUAAAGACUGAUAAAUUGUUUCUGGAAAAGUGUGAGAAUCAUCAUCUCAUCAGUGGUUCCACAGCCGUAGCUUGUGUACAUCACAUUAAUUCUAGACGCGUUGACAUAGCUUGGGUUGGUGACUCUCAGGCGAUACUCGUCAAACGCAAUCCUGGUGAAGGAAUUUGCAAACGACUUGUCCAUCCCAUCCAUGUUGCAUCUGAUCCGAACGAACGACAGCGUAUUACAGAGGAAGGCGGUUAUGUUAUACCUUGGGGCGGCCAGUAUCGAGUUAGUGGCCAGUUGGCAAUUACACGAGCCUUUGGAAAUCGAUUCCACAAACCAUACGUGACAGCAAACCCAGCUGUUUCGUUAAACCAAUGUACGGAGGAUGAUCUUUUGCUUAUAUUAGCUAGCGAUGGGUUAUGGGAAGGGUACAACGAAUUCUUGACGUCCAUGUUUGUGCUGUACGCAAUUCGAAAGUUUCCAGAUGAUCCACAGAAAGUUACAGAUUAUUUAAUAACCUUUGCAAAGGAUAAGACUAGAGACAAUAUUACGGUGAUAAUAGUGUUCCUAAAAGAUCCACAAACCAUCAUUAAGGAAACUCCAUUUAUUGAAGAAAUAGAGAUUAACGCAAAACUGCGUGCCAGCCAAAACAUGGAGAUUAAUGGUGCAGCCAGCAAUGGUUUUCUUGGUGAGAAUAACGCGCUCAGCAUGGAAGAUCGUAAAACGUUCGACGACCUACAAAACUUCAUGGCUGAAAGUGUUGCUCUGCUGGAACCAAAGUCUGCCGCCGCGCUGUGCGUCGUCCCGAUGGAUGAUAUGAACUUCCUAUCAGAUGGUGGUCUCGGGCCGGAGACGGACGUUGACGGUGUGCACGACAGCAAACAGCAAUCGCCUAGUCCACUGUUAGAGGAGGCAGUCAAGUCAUCGGAGCUCGAUAAUGGUGACAUCGAGCAUGAGAUCCCCAACGUAGAAAGUGUAGAACAACAUACGAUGGACCAUCACAAUCCUUUCGCGCAUUCGCUAAAUGCACCACUAGAUCUACCCAGCAAUGUGGCCGUAUCGGGCAUCAAUGACUUUGAAGAGGAAGAUCCUACAUCACCAUCGAGCGUCAGCGCUGCCGAUCCGGUUGAACUGUCCGCCGGGCAUCAUCUAGGUGACGCAAUUCCGCACGUCAACGGCAACGGUGAACAUCACUACGAUGAGCCCAUCGAAACCGAAGACGAGUUGCUAGAGGGUGCAGCGGAAAAUGAGGCUGCAGAAAUCGUACCCGUGCUGAAGGCAGAACUGAACGCGGAUGAAAUAGUUCCUCUCAAAUCCAUUGACGAACCGAUCGUUAACGAUCUGCUAGGCGGUGAUUCAAUCGUCGAUAACAAACUGAUCGAUCAGCUCGAUUCGUUCGGCAUUCCGGAGGCAAUCCGGCGACAGCUGAUCGAGCAGCAAGUUAGCGGUGCGGCAAUGCUACAUGAGCAGGACGAGGACGAUGAUGAUGGACAACUCCUGGCGGAGGAGAAGCAUUCCGAUUUCGAUGGGGUGGAUGAUGGCGCUGAAAAGGUGGAUCUGCACCACGAGAAGGUGUUCGACAGUGAUUAUGCUACUGAUCAUCGUAGUGCAGACGUCAAACAGGAUGAUGAUGCCGGUUGCUGCGAAGAUUCAGAAGAAGACGAAUGGGACUACGUGAAGGUGAACAACCAACAGCAACAGCAGCAACAGGAACAAGAAUCGCAACCAGCGCAUGAAAAGCAGUCGGAAAGCAAGCCUUCAGAAGAAAUUACGCAUACGGUAGACCAGAGCAACAGUUUCGCACCCCACAACGACGACGACGAGCAGCUUCUGCAGGGAAGCGACGUACAGCGUUUGCAGGAACUAGAACAACAUUUCGAACAAGAGGUGGUGAAUUACACGCAAGAAGUGGAAACACCGACGCUGUCACGCGAAGAGGAGCAGCAGGAGGAUCGUGAAGCGGUAGAAGAACAGCACGACGAAACGACGGCUGUGCCGAAUACCAGUGAAUUGGUGGCGGCGGAUAUUCUUGGCGACAACGCGGAAUCGACCGUGUCGGAGAGUACGAAAGAAGUUGAUGAUGUCAUCAGUGGUGGUGAAACCAAGGAAGUUGUCAAUUUGCUGAACGAUUUCAAAGAGGACGUUUCAUUGCCUACUACAACGGACCAAUUGCUAAAAACCAAUUGCUUAAACGAAGAAAACAUUGAACAGGCGGUACCGUACGUUCCUAGUGAUAGCGUGAACAUGGAGGCUAGCAUGUACGGUGGAUCAGUUGCCGAGCAACCACUCUCGCCGGAAUCACCCGUAUCUCCGGUAGAGAAUUUCCCGGCACAACAGCAACAAUAUAGCCACGAAAAGGAUCUUUUCGGUUCUGAUAUGGACGAUACGAUGAGUCCGACUGCCGACGGUGAAGAGUUAAAAGAGAAACAUCUGUACGAAACUGAAGAAAAGAGUAUGAAUUUGCAGCAACAGGAUGGCAGCGGAGCCGCUGGAGAUUUCGGCUGGCAGUUGAAUCCUGAUGCGAAGGAAUUCGUACCGGUAGCCGGAUCCGCUGCUGGUGAGGUGAAUGCCAAGCUGCACGAAAACAUCAAGCUGCGUGAUGACGCAAUAGUGGCACAAAGUCCCCGCAAGGGUGCUGUGGCUUCGAUGGAAGAUCUGGACGUACCGGCUGAAACGGUUUUCCAAACGGAAAUGGACAAGAGACCGCACGAGUUCGAGGAAUACGGGGGAGACAACGGGGCCAUCGGUGCCGAUGACAGUGCAGGAGAGCAUCGUUUGCGAUCACCGAUGGCGGUACACCCGUUCGAUCUGACCCAAUUCAGUGAGCAAACGGUUGUGGAACAAACACAAGCAUCUAACAUUGCUGACAUAACCAAUGGUGAAUACGUUUCGCAAGACAGUGCUGAUGAUGUUCUGCAUGCCGUUACACACACAAAUGGUGGACAAUAUGCAACGGAUGAGAUGGAAUUGCUGAACAAGGUACAGGAACUCCCGACCGACGAAGAGGCAACAUUUGAAAUUGGUAUUGACACAAAUGGCAGCGCGAAGGAAGAUUUGUACGUGGAGCAGAAAGAUACGAUGGAAGUUUCGGGUGGUGUGGGGGAGAUGGAUGAUAUGAUGUACCAUGAAUAUUCCAAUCAAAUUCCCGCGGCUGAAGUUCCGAAAAGUAUGGUCUCGGAUAUAUCGGAAAGUCCCGAAUUCAAGAUGUUGCAAUCUUCAAUAGACCAUUUAACAUUGACGAAGACCGCUGAUAGUUAUUUCGAAGGACAGGAACCAUCGAAUUUACGCCAAGAAACAUCCGUUUAUGAGCAGGAGUUUGUUGCCACCCAGGCUGCACCACUUGUUCAGCAACUAGCUAGCAACGAGCAAGCGCUGCAGUCAUCGCAAGGUUACGCUGAUCUGUUGGGCAUGUCCGAGCCGGUAGAAACACCUCAACCAACAACGAUCACCACCGAGGAGAAGCGUGAUGAAAUCGAAGUAACACAGGUACCGGAUGUUGAAAAAGCGUCUGGAGAUGUUGCAGCUACCGUUGCUGCAGCAGCUGCCGCCACAGUUGCAGUGGCAGCAGCAGCAGCAGUUGCCACGGCCACUGCGACCAGCAAGUCCGCUAAGCCAAAAGCCUCGACGACAACUACUGUGGCAAAGAAACCAGCUUCUAGUGUAACCACAAAACCAUCCUCUGCAGCGUCCAAAGACAGUGCUACCAAGACCGCAUCGCGUGUUGGCAGCAGCAGUACAGCUGGAGCAGCACGCAAACCGCCCGUAGGUACCACUGACGCUAAGAAAGCACCCACAUCUACCACAGCAAAGACGGCAUCGACAGCAAUGAAUGGUGUAAAGGAACGACCGGCAAGUGCUACAUCGAGCAAACCAUCAUUGGCAGCGAAGAAACCGAUUGCCGAUGCGGCAAAGACGGCCACAUCGAAGACAACGUCUGCGACUUCGUCAGUAGCGGCUGCCCGAACAAAGGUGACUUCCGCCACAUCAUCAAGCACCACGAAAACGGCCAGUGCAAGUUCGGCUACCAGAACUGCCGCUUCUAAAACAGUUACAGCUUCGAGCACCUCUGCAAGCGCCGCUGCCGGAAAAACGAGCUCCUCUCGUCUGUCCUCUACCACAACGACACGCACAGUCACUUCGCGUCCGUCGAGCGCCGUAUCGAGUGCCUCAGUUCCUUCUAAAACCACUACCACAACGACUGUAAAGCGGACCGUCGCAGCAAAGAGUUCACUAACGAACGGAACAACAACGACUGAUGGAACGUCCACUAAAUCCACCAAGACAACUACUUCUACCACAGGUAGCACAGUCCCGCGGACGGGAACCACCACUACCAGAACAACCGGCACUGGUUUGGCCACCAAACCAAGUAGCACGACGGUGGCCGGUAAGAAACCGCUGGACGUUAAAACUGCCACUGCGACUAAGACAUCAUCCACUACCGCGUCGUCGGCGACAGGUAAAACGACAACAAUGCGCACCUCCCUGGCUCCCACCAAAGCCACUGCGACCUCACCGUCAGUUCGAAAGCAAAACGGUGUACCGUUGAAAAAAUCCACUACCGCCGCUUCGCCAGCGUCUGGUGCGAAGAAACCGGCUCCGAUUUCGAAGCCAAAACCGCAAGCUUCGUCUGAACAGGCGGCAACCACCACAACAACCACAACGACGGCGGCAGCAUCCCCAACGAUCACCGCUGAGACGAACGGUACCGGCAAUGAUGUGGCUGAUGCGGUAUUAACCUCCUCCUCCCUGCUGGAACAACAGCCCGCUGACCAAUUGCUCGUGUCCAUACCGCAAGCAAUGUGA